UUGUCGCGGCGGAGAAACGAGGACGAGCGCGAGCCGCUGUGUGUGUGCACGAGUCGUGUUUUUUUUAUGUAGAGAAAAGCUUCAACUCUUCGGCUUUUAAUUCAUUUUCUUUUGUUUUUAUAGGUUCAGUUUCUAGGUUUGAGUUAAACUGUGUUAAACACCUGCUCCCCGGGGCUCGUUAUUUACACGCGUUCACGAAGGGGGUUUAUUUUUUGCAUUAAAAACCACCCCGGUGCUGACAUACCCUAUUGGUUAUAUCUCCAUUCGCUCUAUUUGUAUUUUAAUGUCAGCAGUUUAUUAUAAAAUAAUGUAAAAAAAAACAACAACAAAAACAACCGAGCUGGGUGGAGGAAAAGAUCCGAUCCAGGAGUCGUGACGUCGCCCCGGAGGCGCGCAGGUUCACGGCUCCUUCAGCCGGCUCUCCUUUUGUUGCCCGGACGCCCACCUUUCUCCAAGCCGGGUUUCAUAGUCGAGCUCCCCGACAUGAGGAGGACCGUUCGGCUGUAGCAGCCCUGCCCAGACCGGAGGCUGCUGCUGGUUGGGGAUGGUGCCGCUGUGAAGAAGCCCGGUGGUGGUGGUUUUUAUAUAUAUAUAUAUAUAUAUAUAUAUAUAUAUAUAUAUAUAUAUAUAUAUUUCUCUUCCCCCGGGAGGACAUGCCUGCGGUCGGGGGCAAAGGGAGGAAGUGCCCGGACAACAUGACCGUUUUCAACCAAGAAAACGUGGAGGGAUUUUACGAAUUCGGGGACGAGCUGGGGAGCGGCCAGUUUGCUGUGGUCAGAAGAUGCCGGCACAGGGGCACGGGCGUGGAUUACGCCGCCAAAUCCAUCAAGAAGCGGCGCAGCAAGUCGAGCCGGCGAGGCGUGACGAGGGACGACAUCGAGCGCGAGGUGAGCAUCCUGAAGGAGAUCCAGCACCCCAACGUCAUCACGCUCCACGAGGUGUUCGAGAACAAGGCGGACGUCAUCCUCAUCCUGGAGCUCGUGGCCGGCGGCGAGCUCUUCGACUUCCUGGCAGAGAAGGAGUCGCUCAGCGAGGAGGAAGCCACUCAGUUCCUCAAGCAGAUCCUGGACGGUGUCUUCUACCUGCACGCCAAACAAAUCGCCCACUUUGACCUUAAGCCGGAGAACAUCAUGCUGCUGAACCGCUCGGUUCCUCACCCGCGCAUCAAGCUCAUUGACUUCGGCCUCGCCCACAAGAUGGAUUUUGGCAACGAUUUUAAAAACAUUUUUGGAACUCCAGAGUUUGUCGCUCCAGAAGUAGUCAACUAUGAACCUUUGGGCCUGGAGGCAGACAUGUGGAGUGUCGGCGUGAUAACCUACAUCCUCCUUAGCGGCGCGUCUCCCUUCCUGGGCGACAACAAGCAGGAGACUCUGGCCAACGUGUCGGCCGUCGACUACGCGUUCGACGAGGAGUUCUUCAGCAGCACCAGCGCGUUGGCCAAAGACUUCAUCACGAGGCUCCUCGUCAAAGACCCCAAAAAGAGGAUGACCAUCCAGGACAGCCUCCUGCACCCCUGGAUCAAGCCAAAAGACACUCAACAAGCGCUGAGCAGGAAGGAGUCGGCCGUCAACAUGGAGAAGUUCAAGAAGUUUGCAGCUCGCAGGAAGUGGAAGCAAUCCGUGCGACUGAUCUCCUUAUGCAACCGCCUGUCCCGCUCCUUCCUGUCCAGGAGCAACAUCAGCGUGGCGCACAGCAACGACACGUUGGAUGAGGAAGACUCCUUUGUGAUGAAGGCCAUCAUCCAUGCCAUCAACGACGACAACGUGCCCGGUCUGCAGCAUCUGCUCGGCUCCCUGAACAGUUACGACAUCAACCAGCCCAACAAGCACGGGACUCCUCCCCUCCUGAUCGCGGCCGGCUGUGGCAACGUUCAGAUCAUCGAGGUGCUGAUGAGGAAAGGCGCCGAGAUCCAGGCCCACGACAAGAGCGGAGCCAACGCUAUCUACUACGCGGCGAGACACGGCCACGUCGGGACCCUGAAAUUCCUCCAUGAAAAGAAAUGCCCUCUGGAUGUCCAAGAUAAGUCCGGGGAGACGGCUCUUCACGUGGCGGCUCGCUACGGCAACGUGGACGUGGUGAGCUACCUGUGCAGCAUCCGAGCCAACCCGGACCUGACGGACAGGGAGCAGGAGACCCCGCUGCACUGCGCGGCGUGGCACGGGUACUCGCCCGUGGCCAGAGCGCUCUGCCAGGCCGGUUGCCACGCCGACGCCAAGAACCGCGAGGGGGAGAGCGCGCUGCUGACGGCGUCCGCCCGCGGCUUCGUGGACAUCGUGGAGUGUCUGCUGGAGCACGGCGCCGACGUGGAGGCCGCCGACAAGGACGGCCACACGGCGCUGCACCUGGCGGUACGGAGGUGUCAGGUUGAAGUGGUCCGCUGCCUCCUCCGACACCGAUGCCACAUGGACCAGCAGGAUCGCCACGGCAACACGCCACUGCACAUCGCCUGCAAGGACGGAAACCUCCCCGUCGUCACGGCGAUCUGCGGCGCCAAGGCCGGCCUCGACCUCCCCAACAAGCACGGCAGGACUCCCCUCCAUCUGGCCGCGAACAACGGGAGCCUGGAGGUCGUCCGUCACCUCUGCCUGGCCGGCGCCAACGUCGACGUCGUCGCCGCCGAUGGAAAGACGGCGGAGGACUUGGCCCACACCGAGCAACAUGAACUCAUCAUUUCUUUGUUGGGAAAGCUUAAAAAGGACAACCACAAGCUGAGCUUCAUCCAGCAGCUGCGGCCCACUCAGACCGUGCAGCCCAGGAUCAAGCUGAAGCUGUUCGGACACUGCGGAGCCGGGAAGAGCUCCCUGCUGGAGUCCCUGAAAUGUGGCAUCCUGCGCAGCCUCUUCAGGAGGAAGAGGACACGCAUGUCCAGCAGCAGCCGCCACCCCAACUCCCCCGUCAGCUCCAAACCCGCCGUGUCGUCGAGCAUCUCCAACCUGUACCCGGGCUGCGAGAACGUGAGCGUGCGAAGCCGCAGCAUGAUGUUCGAGCCCAGCCUGACCAAAGGCGUCCUGGAGGUCUUCUCCCCGGUCCACAACGCCCUGUCCGCCGCCGACGACCAGGCCACCAGGGCCAUCGACAUCCAGCACGGCAACAUCAACGGCGUGGGGGAGUUCAGCGUGUGGGAGUUCUCGGGGAACCCGGUCUACUACUGCUCCUACGACUACUUUGCGGCCAACGACGCCACGGCCAUCCACCUGGUCCUGUUCAGCCUGGAGGAGCCGUACGAGACCCAGCUGGGACACAUCACCUACUGGCUGAACCUGCUGAAGGCCCUCAACCUGCCUCAGGAAAACAUCGCCUUCGGCGGGCGGGUGCAGCAGCCCCUCGUGGUCGUCCUGGUGGCGACGCACGCCGACCUCGCCGACGUCCCCAGAGCGUUCUCUGGAGAGUUCACCUACGACAAGGAGAACGCGCUGCUCAAGGAAGUCAGGAACAGGUUCGGAGUCGACCUGCAGAUCAGUGACACGUUGUUUGUGAUGGAUGCCGGAGCCUCGAACUCCAAAGACAUAAAGCUGCUGAGGAGUCACCUGCAGGAGCUUCGUGCCAACAUCAUCUCUAGCUGCUGCCCCAUGACGCUGCUGUCGGAGCGUCUGCUGGCGACGCUGCCGGCCUGGAGGAAGCUGAGCGGCCCCAACCAGCUGACGUCGUGGCAGCAGUUUGUGAGCGACGUCCAGGAGCAGCUCAACCCGCUGGUCAGCCAGGACCACCUGCGCACGCUGGCCCUGCAGCUGCACAGCAUGGGGGAGAUCAACAUCAUGCAGAGCGAGACGGUGCAGGACGUCGUCCUGCUGGAGCCUCGCUGGCUCUGCAGCAACGUCCUCGGCAAGCUGCUCUCCGUGGAGACGCCCAAGGCCAUCCACCACUACAGGGGGCGCUACAGGCUGGAGGAGGUGCAGGCUCUGGCCCCCGAGAGCGACGUGGACGAGCUGCUGCAGAUCCUGGACGCCAUGGACGUCUGCGCCCGCGACGCCACCAACCCCGCCAUGGUGGACAUCCCCGCCCUCAUCAAGACCAAUGGCCUCCACCGCUCCUGGACGGAGGAGGAGGAGGAGGAGGACUCGCUGCUGUACGGCGGCGUGCGACUCGUCCCCGCGGAGCACCUGACCCCCUUCCCCUGUGGCCUGUUUCACAAACUGCAGGUGAACCUGUGUCGCUGGAGCCACCAGCAGAAGCCCGAGGAGGAAGGCGGGGAGGACUUCGACGGCGACAUUCACCUGUGGACCAACGGGGCCAAGGUGAGCCAGGGAGGAGCGGAGGCCAUGAUCCUGCUGGUCAACCACGGCCAAGGGGUGGAGAUCCAGGUGCGCGGGCACGACUCUGAGCGGGCCAAGUGCUAUGCCCUGUUGGACACCGCCUGCAGCAUCACGGAGAACCUGCUGACCUCCACGCUCCCCGGACUGCUCACGGCCAAAUACUACCUGAGUCCCCAGCAGCUGCGGGAGCACCACGCCCCCAUCAUGGUCUACCAACCCAAAGACUUCUUCCGGGCGCAAGUCCAGCGGGAGUCUUCGCUCACCAACACCAUGGGCGGCUACCGGGAGAGCUUCAGCAGCAUCCUGUCAUUCGGCUGCGCCGAGGUUUACCAGCAGGGUACUCUGGGAAAGGACAUCCACAUAUCGGACGUCCCGCUGUUGGCUCGCCGGAAGCUGUGCCGCAUGCUGGACCCUCCCGACGCUCUGGGCAAAGACUGGUGCCUGCUGGCCAUGAACCUCGGCCUCACGGACCUGGUGGCCAAGCACACCAACGGGACUCCGAACGGCGGCGCACCCCCUGAGCUGGACUCGGACCCGGGCUCCCAGCAGGCCGCGCCGCAGCCCAGCCCGACCGCGGCGCUGCUGCGGGCGUGGAGCGCGCGAGCGGACAGCACCGUCGGCGCGCUGAUGGCCAAACUGAGGGAGCUGGGCCGCCGGGACGCCGCCGACUUCCUGCUCAAAGCGUCGCCCGUCUUCAAGGUCAACAUGGAAGCGGUGGUCGCCGCCGCCAACGGCUACCCCCCCACCUGCAACGGCGGCACGUCGUACAACUCAAUCAGCUCCGUCGUAUCCCGCUGAAGUGGAGGGGGGGGUUCGGCUUCCCGGCCUCGCCAAGCUUCGCGUGACGUGACCGAAUGGGACGUACGUGGGAAUGAACAUGAAGUGCAAUCGUCCAGCUGCUCGCUCCUUGCGUUGGGCGGCGUGGACCAGAUGUGGCGUCCACGCCCGGACAGCAGACCUCUCCUUCCGCCUAUGAAUGUGGUGAAAGAGCUCCAAAGAGGAACCCCCCCCCCCGUGCUUUUUACUCCCGUGUUCUUAAUCUUGUCGUGCUGCUAGUUUAUAUUGCCCUCCUACUUCUACGGCACACGGAAGUCUCACUCGUCCAACAGCCGGAGGACAUUUAGAAAAAGUACAAACAUCUACGUGAAAGAAUGGUUACCAUGGCGGUCUCAUGUUUGGACCUUUUUCUUUUCUUUUUUUUUACAAAUAUCCAAAUGAAAACUGAGGACUUGCCGUCUUUGCUCCCUCUCGUCCUCCACAGUUACAUAUUUAAUAUUACCUCCCUCCUUGCGUCCGUUUGGGCCGUUCAAGCUUAGCGUUUAAUAAAUUAACAGCAUUUUGUGGCCUUCUACCUCCCUAAAGAGCACAAGUCGUCUCAUUAUUCAAGAAACGGUAGUUAUUUCCAAACAUUUGAAGAACUGUGCCUUGUUGACACGUAAUUUCAAUCAAGUCUUAAAAUGGAAAAAGGCUACGGGGGUUUAAAUGAAGAAGGGAAAAGGAAGCUCGGCUCGCGUUACGAUUUUUAGAUUUCACUGGAACAGAGAGUGAAAUCGGAGACGGGGAUCCUGCUGUUGUCUGUUCAGUGUUCAGACGAUCUUCUGGAAGUAUUACGUCGUCAUUCAUCCCAAACAGCAGAAAUCUCUUCAGUGGUAAAUUCGUUUUUUUUUUUUACGAGUCCCGUAAUUUCCCCGAGAAGCCUCCUGGAAAAGAGCUACGUCACGUAGCGGGGCGUUAACAAUUUAAACUUGAUUAAAGUUCAACUUAAUUAAUAGUAAUAAUCAAAUAUGAUCUGCAACGAAGCGAAAAGACUAAAAAGCAUCUCUAGCAGGUAAGUUAUUUUUGGAAUUAGCUGCACUAAUAAAAAAAAUUAAUAAAAGAGAUUAAAAAUGAAUUCUCGAUUAUCACAUUUUUUUUGCUACAGUUGGAUUGGCUAAUUUAUUACACGGCUAAUCGUUUCAGCCGUAUUAUUAAUAUUAUUAUAAUAAAUAAACAAUGUUUCAAACUGCCGGUCAGCAAAAAAGGUCCUUUAUAGAUAUUAAUCCUCAAACAUUAAGUGUUUUCUUUAGUCUGCAUACUGAUUAUUUAUUUUUGUAUUUUCCUAUAAUCAUCACCAGAUUUAAGAGAUUGUUCUCUUUUCAAAGAGUUUACAGUAACAUAUCAGUUCCUUAACGAUAACUAUGGGACCUUUUUUUAAAAAUGAAGUGUAACUAUAAACGUCUUCACUCCAUUUACUGAGCGCGACCAGAAUCUGCUGAGCUUCCUUUUUACCUUGAAUAGAAAGUGGCACCAAAACGAUGAAAACAAAAGUAGAUUUUUUUUUUUUGCAUUUUCUACGAGGCUAAAAGGUCAUGUAUUAUAUAUCCCGUAAAAACACACCUGCUUUUUAAAAGCUUCGACAGGUGACUCCAAGCUUCUCUGGGUCGACCGCGUGGCGUCACGUCUCCCUUUUCGCUUUUCGUCUUUUAUGGCGAAAGCGAAAAAGAAAAAAAAAGAUGGCGUGACGUUGACUGGCGACGCCCCUUUUUGUGAAAGCUGGCGGUUUUUAUAAUGUUGGUGAUCGGAAGAAGAAGAAGAAGGAGAAGAAAAGAAAGACAUUUUUUGGGGUCUUUUUUUUUUUUUUUUUUUUUUUUUCAGGACGCAGCGUCACAGUUUGAUGAAAUAAAAAAAAAAAACGUGCCCGAGUGUUUCCUGUCUGCUGUUUCUUCCCCCGGUGGAUAAAACUUGAACUACUAUCUCCGAUACUUUCUUUGCCUCGGCCUGAACUCGCCCAUCCACGCAGCAGAACUGGUCGAACUCUGUACGUUGACCCCAAUGAUCCCAAUAAAAAAGGAAUGUACUACGCCUCUCUCCUAAGAAUACACACACACACACACAAAAAAGAUACGCAUCAAAGAUACGGUGGUGAAACGCUCAACGCGUGUACAAAAGAACGCAAUGGAAUUUAAAAGUCUCACACGAACACCUUUUUGUUUUUUGCAGAAGCUUUUUGUGGAAGUUUGCCAAUGCCGCGUGCCUAAAACACACCCGGUCGAUCCUCACACUAUCAUUAUUAAUAUUAUAAUUAUUGCCUUGUACAGUAUACGAGCUGAGAAGUGAUGUGUUCAGAAAGGGAAGUGAAUAAUAUGGGUUUUUUUUGUGAAAAAGCUGGGAAUCGCUAUAUUAUUAUCAACUUUGUCUCGAAGAACGCGUUUCUGUGUGUUUCUGUUCGACGAGGAAAGACGAACUCUGUAAUCUAAACUUGUUUCCCCGAGUCUCGGAGACUCCGGGGUCUGAUCGCCACAUUGCACACGUUGGUUUCUUUUGUUGUUGUUGUUGUUUGUUUUUCGCUAUUUAUGUUGCGUCCUUUUCGCAUGUCUUGGAAUGCCAUGUUCUUAGUACUUCUGACACUUUAUAGUGUAUAAUACAUUUUAUAAUAAAUUCUUUACCUGA